AGUCUACCGCAAGCUACACGGGUUUAAAACGUUAAAAAAUGGAUUUUAAAAACAAAGUAGUUAUUGUUACUGGCGGCAGCUGCGGAAUCGGAGCCGAAAUAGCCAUACAGUUCGCGAAACAAUCAGCCAAAGUGGUAAUAGUUGGGAGAAACGAAGAGAGACUGAGGAACAUCGCCGAGCAAUGCGAAGGUCAGGGCGAAGCGCUCGCAAUCAAAGCCGAUCUUACUAUCGACUCUGAGGUAGAACGCGUCGUAGAAGAAACAAUUAUACGCUUCGGGCAGAUAGACGUACUUAUCAACAAUGCCGGUAUAGUAAAAAAUACGAAAAUCCAAGAAGGAAUACCAAAUUAUGACAAGAUAUUUAACACGAAUCUACGCAGCGUGUAUCUUUUGACUAGCCUUGCCGUUCCCCAUCUGAUUAAAACUAAGGGCAACAUUAUAAAUAUCUCGAGCGCGGCGGGUCAGAAAAUAUUUCCUACAUUGACUGUGUAUUGCAUGUCCAAGGCUGCCCUGGACAUGUUCACUAAGGGCUUGGCCGUGGAACUGGCUCCGAGCGUAAGAGCGAACGCUAUAAACCCCGGGCCGGUAAAGACUGAUAUCUUUGUACAUGCGGGUCUUGAAGGAGGUGAAACCGUGAUAGAUGCUUACGGAGCCGCAACUCUUUUGGGUAAAUGCAGCGCGUGUAAAGAGAUAGCUGAUAUGGCUCUAUAUCUGGCUAGUGAUAAGGCCAAUAGUAUUACGGGAAGCACGUUUGUUAUUGAUAACGGUUUUAUAUUAAAGUGAACUUAGUUGAAGCAUUUUGUGAAAAACAGAUUGAAAUAAAGUGUGUUCGAGAUUUCAAGCUUUUAUUUAA